GACGCAGGCGCCUUGCUUGGCCAGCCUCGGGGUGCAGCCCCCAGCCUGCUGCGACGCCGGUCGCCUCCACCCGCGGUGACGCCAGCGCGAUGAAGGCCAAGAACGUGAACUUGCUCUUCGCCUCCGUUGCGGUCCUGCUCUUUUGCUUUUCCUGUUUUUGCAUCUCCAGGAUAAACCAAACCAGCAGUGAGCUGAAUAAUUGCAGAAACCAUAUUUUGGGGCUUAAGGAAAAUAUGCUACGAUUAAAAAACGAAAGUGAAAAUUAUCAUCAAAAUCUAGUGCAAGUCAUGAAUCAAAUGAAGUAUGAAAUUACCCAGGCGGCUAGCACAUCAGAAAAUGUAGCUGAGAGGGAAGCGAGCUCACUGAAUGAGAACGAAAUACUUCCUAACAGAUUUGAAGACUUAAGGUUCUUCCUUCCUCAUCUAAAGACAACAGGAAAAAUUUACCCCGAUGUAGCCACUGGCAGAGGGAAAGCAGGCGUUUCUUUCGCACUGGGAAUCACCACCAUUGACAGAAGGAACCACACCUACCUGAAGCAAACGCUGACAUCCAUUCUGUCCAGGAUGACACCAGAAGAAGAGGAGGACUCUGUGGUGAUUGUCUCUGUCGCUGAUACUGAUGAUUAUUUAAAUUAUGUUGUUGACAUGGUUAAAACAAAAUUCAAAAGACAGGUGGAGUCUGGGUCCUUGGAAGUCAUUUCAAUACCCACCUUUUUCUAUCCAAGUGUAUUACUGGGCAAGAAAACAAUAGAGGACUCAGACAGUUGGCAAAUGAAGCAAACAUUGGAUUUUUGUAUUUUGAUGUUGUAUGCCCAACCCAAGGCCACGUAUUAUUUACAGCUAGAAGAUGAUAUCAUAGCAAGAAAAAUGUAUUUUACAAAAAUGAAAGAUUUUGUAAACAGCCUCACUUCAAAAAAUUGGCUUUUUAUUGAAUUUUCAGUACUUGGACUUAUAGGAAAACUCUUUCAAUCAAAGGACCUGUUUGACUUCGUACAUUUUUUCUUGAUGUUCUACAAAGUGAAGCCCAUAGAUAUACUUUUAGACGACAUUUUCCUGGUGAAGAUGUGCGGCUGGGGAGAGCAUAUUAGGCACUGUAUGUAUCGAAAGAAGGAAGCCCGGGUUCAGUACAGACCAUCUCUGUUUCAGCACGUGGGUAUUCAGUCAUCAUUUCCUGAACGGAAACAGCAGCUCAAGGAUAUUUUUUACUAGGAUUUUCCUAAAU